AUGGGGGACUUUCAGACGGUCUUGUCGUCACUUUUCUGGAUCGGCACUGUUAUCACCACACAGUACAUGCUCAGAGGACCUCUCCCGAUACUUUUCGACAUCAUGUCCAACAAGAUGCCAGAUAUUCUGUCCUCGCUUCCUCCCUCGCCGGCAUGGGCCCCCUUUUGGCGCACGCUGUUCCACGCAGCCCCACCAGCGUUCAGUAUCUGGUUCUGCGUCCGGAUGGCCGGGCUUAGCUACAACAUAGUCAUCGCACUGAUGGCGUAUGUAUCGAUUGGGGUUCUUGAGAUAGUUGAUAUAGUGUGGGAUGGCUACGAAGAUGGAUGGACAGAACUCCUGGUGACGGGAUGCCUGGGGCAGACGAUCGUUGUGUCCAUCUACACGGCGGCCAUCUUCUAUGUUCUUUCUUUCAGGCCUGAACGGUCAGAUCACGAGGUAGAAGCUGGUGCAACUGAGAAGGAGUGA